AUGAGAUUUUCGGGUAGCCUCAUUCUAGCUUCUUUUAUUUUUGAGUCUGUCUAUGGUGUCUUGGAAGAAGAGAGUUCACAAAACUGUGGGGCAUUUCAACUAGCGCGUGAGGAUUUGAAAUGUCUUUUUAAGCAAUUCUCCUUUGCAAAAGACGUCGUGAUGCUGGCUGUGUUCCACGCAGAACCUACAAGAGUUCAAAAGUUGCGACAGGCUUGCAACUCACUUCAAGACUGUUAUGCUUCUUUGAAAUGUCGAAAAGAUGACAUGGAGUAUGUGAAGUUGGCGAAUGAUACGAAAUCUAUUUGCGCCGGUUUAUUGUAUCUGAGCACUGAUUUUUCGGAAUGUAAGAAGAAAAUAGAUACUGUUGAAGGCUACUGUCAGUUUGGUAACACAUGUGAGACUAUCUUCGGUGAGAACAAUUGUGGAAAACUAAAGAUUUCGGAGAACUGCGGAGUUGAGGAAUGGAUUCGGUUCAAAGAAGUGAUGAUUAAUUUCCACAAAUCGAGAUUUUCUCAUUGCAACUUCGAUCAAUACAAAGAUUUGUAG